AUGGAAGACCGCGUUCUCGAUACUCCUCGACGAAACAUGGCGGCCGCGCGCCAGCCUCUGGGUUUGGGUACGGAUGCUGCCUUCGAUACCCUUGAGCCGUUGGAGCAGGACACAAUAGCCACCGUCCCCAUCAACGCCGACCAUCCUCAUCUCGUGCCUACUCAACCCACCCAGUUAUUGACACAGCCUACCCAAAUAAUUCAGCAAGCAAACCAUCUCAAGAGCUCGCCGCAGCGGGACUCUGUCAUUCAAGUAGCCAGCUCAUCCCCCCUCGGCCCAUCGAUGCAGAAUUUGAACAGAAAAUUUACAGCCUCUAUUGCACCAACUGGUACCCAGUUUCGACCCCCAGCCUUCGUUGCCGCUCCAGUGAGACGGACACCGGUUAUAGAUCUAAGUGAGGAUGAUGGUCCCACUUAUCGCGGCGGAUCCUCUGAUGAUGAUUGUUCUAUUGUCCGAACUACCGAUAUUAAGCCCACGACAUUUGCAAAAGCGUCCCAGAGUCCAGAUAAAGACGGUGAUCUAUUAUCGUCUCUCACGACAUCUGGAAACGCUACUGCUAGAUUUCGCGAGAUCACUGCAGCUGCGUUCUAUAAUUCAGACGCAAGCAAAGGCCAGAAGCGAUCCGCGGACAAUGCUAACAUCACGAAGAGUGCCUUUCCGGAAGGGGCCCGUAAACGAAAUCGGACUGGAUCAACGACGCCCGAUGCCGAAGCCCUUUCAUUGCAAAAAAUUGAAGACUAUAGCCUGAGAGUGAAGGUCCAGAGGUUACGCUCGGUAUACCCCAACAAAUCUGUUCGGUUCUGCCUUGAUUCGCUCAUGAAGCAUCGCGGCAAUUACCAAAAUACUUUAGACCAUAUCGCCACCUCAGAGGAAAACGGGGCUGCACAUCAAACGUCGGAAGAUGAAUUGAGCCUAGAUUGUGAGGUUCCUCGAGUUUCUGCUGUAAAGCAGCAAAUCAAAUCAAAUGGUCGAAUCCAAGAUAAAUGGACAGCCAGCCAAAGGCCUGUACCCACCCGCCAGGUUUCUGACGACAUACCAUCGGUUCCUCGCCGGCGCCUAAUACGUGGCUCCAAAUCACGCCGUGAAUCACCCGCGGAUACCACAACCUCUGAGCAAUCUACGCUCGUUAAACCUCCCAGAAAACUUGCCACGCGUGGGAAAGUGCGUUCGGACUCCCCGAAAAUUUCUCACGACGACGACUACACUUCAGACUCCGAUGCUGAAAUCCCUGCUCCUGAGGAUGGUUCUCAGGCAGCCAAGGUCCUGCGUUUUUUUAACUCUUGCUCUUCGGAUGAUCUCGCUGAUAUCGCGGAGAUACAACCUGACAUCGCGUCCGCUUUUAUCGCAUGCAGGCCGUUCUCUACACUAGCCGCUGCUCGCCUCGUCUCCCCCGAAAAACUCAUGAAACCUGGACAAGCUUCAAGUAAUAAGAAGUCUUCUAAAAAACCUCUUGGUGAUAAGAUAGUCGACAAAUGCUUGGAUAUGUGGACCGGUUAUGAAGCAGUUGAUGCUCUGGUAGCUAAGUGUGAGUCUCUAGGAAAGCCUAUAGCGGCCGAGAUAAAACGCUGGGGAGUUGACAUAUUCGGAUCAAAACGGGACGCCGGCGAGCUGGAGUUGGUAUCAUUGGAUAAACCUUCGCCAGAUGGGCUCCAUGACUCUGGUAUUGGAACUCCAUCUAGCCGCCGAUGUGCUAGCGAGGAUGCAGAUGGUAUUAAGGAUCAAUCACGGGGUAGAAAGUUCAUUUCUCAACCGGCCAUUAUGAGCGAUACAAUCACCAUGAAAGACUACCAAGUUGUAGGGAUCAACUGGCUUAAGCUGGUUUACGACCAAGGUCUUAGCUGCAUCCUCGCUGAUGAUAUGGGACUAGGAAAGACCUGCCAGGUUAUAGCCUUUCUUUCUCACCUGUUUGAAGUCGGUAUUUAUGGCCCACAUUUGGUUGUCGUCCCCGCCUCGACGCUCGAGAACUGGCUCCGCGAGUUUUCUCUGUUCUGCCCAAAGCUCAAGACAAUGCCCUAUUAUGCAGGCCAAGCUGCUCGAGCAGAAAUCCGACAAGAAAUAGAAGACAAUAAAGAUAAUAUCAACGUUGUCAUUACAACAUAUACCAUCGCGAAAGCCAAGAUAGAUGCAGCGUUCCUUCGAUCGGUGAACUUCAACGUCUGUGUUUAUGAUGAGGGCCAUAUGCUGAAAAGCAGCAAGUCUCUACUUUACGAGAAGCUCAUCCGCAUCCCCGCCCAGUUUCGGCUUCUGCUUACGGGCACACCUCUCCAAAAUAACCUCCAAGAGCUAGCCUCGUUGCUUGGGUUCAUCUUGCCUUCCGUUUUUAAAGAGAGAAAGGAUGACCUUGAGUAUAUAUUCAAGGCGAAAGCCAAAACCGUGGACGAUACGCACUCGGCCUUACUAUCAGCACAACGGAUUGCUCGAGCAAAAUCCAUGCUCAUGCCGUUUGUCUUGCGACGGAAGAAACAUCAGGUGAUUGACCUGCCGGCUAAAAUUUCUCGCGUGGAGUACUGCGAAAUGAAUGAAUCUCAAAAGGAGAUAUACCAUAACGAAGUCCAAUCUGUCGAGAAACAUAUGUCCGACCUGGCGGCCGGGAAGAAAUCUACAAGAAAUAAAUCAUCUAAUAUACUUAUGAAGUUGCGCCAGGCCGCAAUUCACCCCCUCUUUUAUCGCCGGUUAUACGAUGACAAAACGCUAAGUCGAAUGUCGAAAGCAUGUCUGAAAGAUGAGAAGUGGGCACGGUCUGACCCUGAUCAAAUUUACACCGAACUUUGCGCCUACAAUGACUUCGAAUGCCAUACCUUAUGUACAAGCAACCCUGCCUCCCUUGGCAAAUUCUCGCUCAAAAAUAACGAAUGGAUGAUGUCUGGAAAGGCCGACAAACUCUGCGAGCUAUUGACCAAUUAUAUCGCGAAUGGUGACCGGGUUCUAAUCUUCUCUCAGUUCACGAUGGUGAUGGACAUUCUAGAACAGGUCCUUGAGACGCAAAAGAUCAAAUUCUUCCGCCUCGAUGGGACAACCAGCGUUGAAGACCGGCAAUCCAUCCUCGACGCUUUUCAUGAACAAGUGGAAAUCCCGGUGUUUAUGCUCUCGACAAAGGCCGGCGGUGCAGGGAUCAACUUGGCCUGCGCGAACAAAGUGAUCAUAUUCGACUCGAGCUUCAAUCCGCAGGAAGACAUCCAGGCAGAAAACCGUGCCCACCGUGUUGGACAGACACGUGAGGUUGAAGUUGUACGCCUUGUGACAAGAGGGACAAUCGAGGAACAGAUCCAUGCACUCGGCCAGACGAAACUAGCGUUGGACCAGCGAGUUGCAGGAGAAGAUGAAGGCGCACCUUUCGGCGGAAAACGGGAAGACGGAAACCUUAAGGCUGUGGAGGAGCUGGUCAUGUCGACAAUAGAAUUAGAGGGGCAGAAUAGCUCUUAA